AUGUUCAUCCAGGUCAAAUACAUUUCAGGCGUCCGUCCUGCCUCGAGCAGUUUCAGACUUCUUAUUCCUGUCAAUCAUAGCUCUUCUUCCAAGUCCACUCGAUUCUUCUAUGCAUCGGCCACUCUUUCUGGCCUCGCUAGAGACUCCAGACGUCGAACGAGCAUCCCUCGCAACAACACCAACCCUAGAACCAAGACUCAGCAAAGCGACAUUAUGAAGAUCGUGCAGGAUCAGCACAACAUCUCGCAGACCCAGUUUAAGAUACUGAAAGUGCAAGAGACUGAUCACCAAACUACACUCGAAAUCAUGAAGAUGCAGCACAACAACUACCACACCAUGAUGGAGAUUACCGGCAAGAUGGAACAGAUAGUCCACAACAUCAUCCUGACCAAGGAAGAUGUUCAAAUCAGUGACAAGAUUGCUUUUUCUGCCGGCUUUGGUUGUGGUCUACUUGUCUGUUUGGCCAUCUGGAUCUCACCCUUUGGUGGUAAAGAUAAGGACGAGGACGCCGAGAAGUAGUCUGAAUGCUGGAUGAAAUGGAGAAAACUGCUCGAGCGGACUUU